CUUUGCUGGUGCUUCCGGAUAGAUGGCAGCGGCACAGCCGGGUGCUUCUGCCACCUCCUUCCCUCUGCCGAUGGGCUCUCUUGCUCCAGAGACGAAGUGCAUUUCAUUCCUCAGCAGCAGAGACAGUGGGGGCCACGGGCCUCCGCAGAAACAUUGCAGAACGGCUCAGGAAUGCAGAGCUGGACUCGCUCCAUGUGCUGGCGGAGGCGGCACGCUCCUUGGUCCCUACUUCCCACCCUGCACCACCAGUGUGGCUCUAUGGCUCUGCAGGAGCUGGGCUCCUGCUCUCUGACUUGCUCCUGGCCAAAAUUGAACACGGAUCCUGCCUCUAGGCUGCUCAGGUGACGCAGGAGUGGGGACAGCCCAGCCGCCACCAUGGUUGCCCUCUCACUGAAGAUCAGCAUCGGCAACGUGGUGAAAACGAUGCAGUUUGAGCCCUCCACCAUGGUGUAUGAUGCCUGCCGGAUGAUCCGUGAGCGGGUGCCCGAAGCACAGAUAGGACAGUCCAAUGAUUUUGGGCUCUUUCUCUCGGAUGAAGACCCAAAGAAAGGGAUCUGGCUGGAGGCUGGGAAGGCUCUGGACUACUACAUGCUUCGCAAUGGGGAUACCAUGGAGUACAAGAAGAAGCAGCGGCCCCUGAAGAUCCGCAUGCUGGAUGGGACAGUGAAAACGGUGAUGGUGGAUGACUCCAAAACUGUCACGGACAUGCUCAUGACAAUAUGUGCCCGGAUUGGCAUCACCAACUAUGAUGAGUACUCACUUGUACGGGAGAUCAUGGAAGAGAAGAAGGAAGAGGUUACUGGCACCCUCAAGAAGGACAAGACCUUGCUGCGAGAUGAGAAGAAGAUGGAGAAGCUCAAGCAGAAGUUGCACACAGAUGAUGAGUUGAACUGGCUGGAUCAUGGCCGGACCCUGCGUGAACAAGGCAUCGAUGACAAUGAAACGCUGCUGCUGCGGCGCAAGUUCUUCUACUCUGAUCAGAACGUGGACUCAAGAGAUCCUGUGCAGCUCAACCUGCUCUAUGUGCAGGCUCGUGAUGACAUCCUGAACGGUUCCCACCCCGUCUCCUUUGACAAAGCCUGUGAGUUUGCUGGCCACCAGUGCCAGAUCCAGUUUGGGCCACAUAACGAGCAGAAGCACAAGCCAGGCUUUCUGGAGCUCAAGGAUUUCCUGCCCAAGGAGUACAUCAAGCAGAAAGGAGAACGCAAGAUCUUCAUGGCCCACAAGAGCUGUGGGAACAUGAGUGAGAUCGAAGCCAAAGUUCGCUAUGUGAAACUUGCUCGUUCCCUCAAGACCUAUGGGGUCUCCUUCUUCUUGGUCAAGGAGAAGAUGAAGGGGAAGAACAAGCUGGUGCCACGGCUGCUGGGGAUCACCAAGGAGUGUGUGAUGCGUGUGGAUGAGAAGACCAAGGAAGUGAUUCAGGAGUGGAGCCUGACCAACAUCAAGCGUUGGGCAGCCUCACCCAAGAGCUUCACCCUGGAUUUUGGAGAUUACCAGGAUGGUUACUACUCGGUGCAGACAACGGAAGGGGAACAGAUCGCCCAGCUGAUUGCUGGCUACAUCGAUAUCAUCCUCAAAAAGAAAAAGAGCAAAGACCACUUUGGACUGGAGGGUGAUGAGGAGUCCACUAUGCUGGAAGACUCUGUGUCUCCAAAGAAGUCGACAGUUGUGCAGCAGCAGUUUAACCGUGUAGGCAAGGCAGAGCUGGGCUCAGUGGCCCUGCCAGCCAUCAUGCGGACAGGGGCUGGAGGGCCAGAAAACUUCCAGGUGGGCACGAUGCCACAGCCUCAGCUGCAAAUAACCAGUGGCCAGAUGCACCGAGGGCACAUGCCUCCCCUGUCUGUGUUGCAGACCUCAGCCCAGCAAGCCUUGACUGGCACUAUAAAUUCCAGCAUGCAGGCUGUGCAUGCAGCCCAGGCCACGCUGGAUGACUUCGAGACCUUGCCACCUCUUGGGCAAGAUGCUGCAUCAAAAGCUUGGCGCAAAAACAAGAUGGAUGAAUCAAAGCAUGAGAUCCACUCCCAAGUGGAUGCCAUAACUGCUGGCACAGCCUCAGUCGUCAACCUCACUGCAGGGGAUCCAGCAGACACAGACUACACUGCUGUGGGCUGCGCUGUCACCACCAUCUCUUCCAACCUGACGGAGAUGUCUAAGGGUGUGAAGCUGCUGGCUGCGCUGAUGGAGGAUGAGGGAGGGAAUGGGCGGCAGCUUCUGCAGGCAGCCAAGAACCUGGCAAGCGCUGUCUCAGACCUGCUGAAAACAGCACAACCUGCCAGCGCUGAGCCUCGCCAGAAUCUCCUGCAGGCUGCUGGCUUGGUGGGGCAAACCAGCGGAGAGCUGCUGCAGCAGAUAGGGGAGAGUGACACUGACCCCCGGUUCCAGGACAUGCUUAUGCAGCUGGCGAAGGCAGUGGCCAAUGCUGCCGCUGCGCUGGUGCUCAAAGCCAAGAAUGUGGCUCAGAAAACAGAGGAUGCUGCGCUGCAGACACAAGUGAUCGCAGCAGCCACCCAGUGUGCCCUCUCCACCUCCCAGCUGGUGGCCUGCACCAAGGUUGUGGCUCCCACAAUCAGCUCCCCAGUUUGCCAGGAGCAGCUGAUCGAGGCUGGCAAGUUGGUGGCCAAAUCGGCUGAGGGCUGUGUGGAGGCCUCUAAGGCAGCCACCAGUGAUGACCAGCUCCUGAAGCAGGUGGGGGUGGCAGCCACAGCUGUCACCCAGGCCCUGAACGACCUGCUGCAGCACAUCAAGCAGCAUGCCUUGGGUGGGCAGCCCAUUGGGCGCUACGAUCAGGCCACUGACACCAUCCUCAACGUCACCGAGAAUAUAUUCAGCUCCAUGGGUGAUGCAGGGGAAAUGGUGCGUCAGGCUCGUAUUCUGGCCCAGGCCACCUCUGACCUUGUCAAUGCCAUCAAAGCUGAUGCUGAGGGAGAAACAGAUCUGGAGAAUUCACGCAAGCUUCUGAGUGCAGCUAAGAUCCUGGCUGAUGCCACUGCCAAGAUGGUGGAGGCUGCAAAGGGAGCUGCAGCCCACCCAGACAGCGAGGAGCAGCAGCAGCGGCUGCGUGAGGCAGCAGAAGGGCUCCGCAUGGCAACCAAUGCUGCAGCCCAGAAUGCCAUCAAGAAGAAACUUGUGCACAAGCUGGAGCACGCAGCCAAGCAGGCUGCUGCUUCGGCCACACAGACCAUCGCCGCCGCGCAGCACGCCUCUUCCUCCAACAAGAACCCCGCCGCACAGCAGCAGCUGGUGCAGAGCUGCAAGGUGGUGGCAGAGCAGAUCCCAAUGCUGGUGCAAGGUGUGCGAGGAAGCCAGUCCCAGCCAGACAGCCCCAGCGCCCAGCUGGCUCUCAUUGCUGCCAGCCAGAACUUCCUGCAGCCUGGUGGUAAGAUGGUAGCUGCAGCCAAGGCCACUGUCCCCACCAUAACAGACCAAGCCUCUGCUAUGCAGCUCAGCCAGUGCGCCAAGAACUUGGCCGCAGCUCUGGCUGAGCUCCGCACAGCUGCUCAGAAGGCUCAGGAGGCAUGUGGACCCUUGGAGAUAGACUCUGCACUGGGUCUGGUGCAGAGCCUGGAGAGGGACUUGCAGGAGGCCAAGGCAGCUGCCCGUGAUGGCAAGCUCAAGCCUCUGCCAGGAGAGACGAUGGAGAAGUGUGCCCAGGACCUGGGGAACAGCACCAAAGCUGUCAGCUCUGCCAUUGCUCACCUCUUGGGAGAGGUGGCCCAGGGCAAUGAGAACUACACAGGAAUUGCUGCCCGAGAAGUGGCCCAGGCCCUGCGCUCGCUCAGCCAGGCUGCCCGUGGUGUGGCAGCCAACACCUCUGACCCUCAGGCACAGAGUGCCAUGCUGGAGUGUGCCAGUGAUGUCAUGGACAAAGCCAACAACCUUAUCGAGGAGGCCCGGAAAGCAGUGGCAAAGCCUGGUGAUCCAGAGAGCCAGCAGCGCCUGGCUCAGGUGGCCAAGGCAGUGUCACAGGCCCUGAACCGGUGUGUUAACUGCCUGCCAGGGCAGCGGGAUGUGGAUGCUGCCAUCCGCAUGGUGGGAGAGGCCAGCAAGAGGCUGCUCUCAGAUUCGUUCCCUCCCAGCACUAAGAGCUUCCAGGAGGCGCAGAGCCAGCUGAACCAGGCAGCAGCAGGGCUCAAUCAGUCUGCCAAUGAGCUGGUGCAGGCAUCGCGUGGCACCCCUCAAGACCUGGCCAAAUCCUCUGGCAAAUUUGGACAGGACUUCAAUGAAUUCCUGCAGGCAGGAGUGGAGAUGGCCAGCCAGUCCCCGAAUAAGGAGGACCAGGCACAGGUGGUGUCGAACUUGAAGAGCAUUUCCAUGUCCUCCAGCAAGCUGCUGCUGGCUGCAAAGGCUCUCUCUGCUGAUCCUGCUGCCCCCAACCUCAAGAAUCAGCUGGCAGCAGCAGCACGGGCUGUAACUGACAGCAUUAACCAGCUGAUCACCAUGUGCACCCAGCAGGCCCCAGGUCAGAAGGAAUGUGACAAUGCCCUGCGGGAGCUGGAGACAGUGAAGGAACUGUUGGAGAACCCCACCCAGACUGUUAAUGACAUGUCCUACUUCAACUGCCUUGAUAGUGUCAUGGAGAACUCCAAGGUGCUGGGAGAGUCCAUGGCUGGCAUCUCUCAGAAUGCUAAGAACAGCAAACUGCCUGAGUUUGGUGACUCCAUCAGUGCUGCUUCCAAAGCUCUCUGUGGGCUGACAGAGGCAGCUGCCCAGGCUGCCUACCUUGUGGGGGUCUCAGACCCCAACAGCCAGGCUGGACAGCAGGGCUUGGUGGACCCCACUCAGUUUGCUAGAGCUAACCAAGCCAUCCAGAUGGCCUGCCAGAACCUGGUGGACCCUGCCUGUACUCAGUCCCAGGUACUGUCAGCAGCCACCAUCGUAGCAAAGCACACCUCAGCCCUGUGCAACACAUGCCGACUGGCCUCCUCCCGCACUGCCAAUCCUGUGGCCAAGCGCCAGUUUGUCCAGUCAGCCAAGGAGGUAGCCAACAGCACAGCCAACCUGGUGAAGACCAUCAAGGCCCUGGAUGGCGAGUUCAACGAAGAGAACCGGGAGCGGUGCCGUGCUGCUACUGCUCCUCUCAUAGAGGCUGUGGAUAACCUGACAGCCUUUGCGUCCAACCCAGAAUUUGCCACUGUUCCUGCUCAGAUAAGCCCAGAGGGGCGCAGAGCCAUGGAGCCCAUUGUCAUUUCAGCCAAGACCAUGCUGGAGAGCUCUGCUGGCCUCAUCCAGACUGCCCGCUCUCUGGCUGUCAACCCCAAGGACCCACCGCAGUGGUCAGUGCUCGCUGGCCAUUCACGCACAGUCUCAGACUCCAUCAAGAAGCUGAUCACCAACAUGAGGGACAAAGCUCCAGGACAACGGGAGUGUGAUGAGGCCAUUGAGGUCCUGAACAGAUGCUUGCGGGAGGUGGACCAGGCAUCCCUCGCUGCCAUCAGCCAGCAGCUGGCCCCCCGACAAGAUAUUUCACAGGAGGCAUUGCACAAUCAGAUGAUCACAGCUGUCCAGGAGAUCAGCAACCUGAUUGAGCCUGUUGCUGCUGCGGCACGGGCCGAGGCCUCGCAGCUGGGGCACAAGGUGUCCCAGAUGGCUCAGUAUUUCGAGCCACUCAUCAUGGCAGCUGUUGGUGCUGCCUCCAAAACACCCAACCAUCAGCAGCAGAUGAACCUCCUAGACCAGACCAAAACAUUGGCUGAAUCUGCCUUACAAAUGCUGUACACAGCCAAGGAGGCUGGUGGAAACCCCAAGCAAGCUGCUCACACUCAGGAGGCUCUUGAAGAGGCUGUGCAGAUGAUGAAGGAAGCAGUGGAGGACCUGACCACGACCCUGAAUGAGGCAGCCAGUGCUGCAGGUGUUGUGGGGGGCAUGGUGGACUCCAUCACCCAAGCCAUCAACCAGCUGGAUGAAGGGCCCAUGGGUGAGCCAGAAGGUACCUUUGUGGAUUACCAGACCACGAUGGUGAAGACAGCCAAGGCUAUUGCAGUGACUGUGCAGGAAAUGGUCACCAAAUCCACCACCAACCCAGAUGAACUCGGCAUACUGGCCAACCAACUCACCCAUGACUAUGGGCAGCUGGCACAAGAGGCCAAGCCGGCUGCCCUCACUGCCGAGAAUGAGGAGAUCGGCUCCCACAUCAAGCGCCGGGUGCAGGAGCUGGGUCAUGGCUGUGCUGCCCUGGUCACCAAGGCUGGAGCCCUGCAGUGCAGCCCCAGCGAUGCCUACACCAAGAAGGAGCUGAUAGAGAGUGCACGCAAGGUUUCUGAGAAGGUGUCUCAUGUGCUGGCAGCUCUUCAGGCUGGGAACCGUGGGACACAAGCCUGCAUCACAGCAGCCAGUGCUGUCUCUGGUAUCAUCGCUGACCUUGACACCACCAUCAUGUUUGCUACAGCAGGAACCCUCAACCGGGAGAACUCUGAGACCUUUGCUGACCACAGGGAGGGCAUCUUGAAGACAGCCAAGGCACUGGUGGAGGACACCAAGGUGUUGGUGCAGAAUGCCACAGCCAGCCAGGAGAAGCUAGCCCAAGCUGCCCAGUCCUCCGUGUCCACUAUCACCCGCCUGGCAGAGGUGGUGAAGCUGGGUGCUGCCAGCCUGGGAUCUGAAGACCCAGAAACCCAGGUGGUCCUGAUCAAUGCCGUGAAGGAUGUGGCCAAGGCACUUGGUGACCUCAUCGGUGCCACCAAAGCAGCUGCUGGCAAAGCUGGAGAUGACCCUGCUGUCUACCAGCUGAAGAACUCUGCCAAGGUGAUGGUGACAAAUGUCACUUCCUUGCUGAAGACAGUGAAGGCUGUUGAAGACGAGGCCACGAAGGGGACACGGGCACUGGAGGCCACGAUUGAGCACAUUCGCCAGGAGCUGGCGGUGAGUACGGCCGCAGUGCCGCACUGCUUGCCUGCUGCCCCGUGCUCAUUGCUGCCUCUCCCCUCGCAGGUCUUCUCCUCCCCGGUGCCUCCCGCCAAGGUUUCCACCCCGGAGGACUUCAUCCGCAUGACAAAAGGCAUCACGAUGGCCACAGCCAAAGCGGUGGCAGCUGGCAACUCUUGCCGGCAGGAGGAUGUCAUUGCCACGGCCAAUCUGAGCCGCCGGGCCAUUGCAGACAUGCUGCGCUCCUGCAAGGAAGCAGCCUACCACCCAGAGGUGAGCGGGGAUGUGCGGCAGCGGGCGCUGCGCUUCGGCAAAGAGUGUGCUGAUGGCUACCUGGAGCUGCUGGAGCACGUGCUGGUGAUCCUGCAGAAACCAACCCAUGAGCUGAAGCAGCAGCUGGCAGGCUACUCCAAGCGCGUGGCCAGCUCUGUCACCGAGCUUAUCCAGGCAGCUGAGGCCAUGAAAGGGACAGAGUGGGUUGACCCAGAAGACCCUACUGUCAUCGCUGAGAAUGAGCUGCUGGGGGCAGCAGCUGCCAUUGAGGCUGCAGCCAAGAAGCUGGAGCAGCUGAAACCAAGAGCCAAGCCCAAGCAAGCAGAUGAGAGCCUGAACUUUGAGGAGCAGAUCCUGGAAGCUGCCAAAUCCAUUGCUGCAGCCACGAGUGCCCUGGUGAAGGCAGCCUCGGCAGCCCAGCGGGAAUUAGUGGCCCAAGGAAAAGUGGGUGCCAUCCCAGCCAAUGCAGUGGAUGAUGGACAGUGGUCCCAGGGUCUCAUUUCAGCCGCACGCAUGGUGGCUGCUGCCACCAACAACCUGUGCGAAGCUGCCAAUGCCGCGGUGCAGGGCCAUGCCAGUGAGGAGAAGCUCAUCUCCUCUGCCAAGCAAGUAGCUGCUUCCACAGCCCAGCUCCUGGUGGCCUGCAAGGUGAAGGCUGACCAUGACUCAGAGGCCAUGAAGCGGCUCCAGGCUGCUGGAAAUGCUGUGAAGAGGGCAUCAGACAAUCUAGUGAAGGCAGCGCAGAAGGCAGCUGCCUUCCAGGACCAUGAUGAAACGGUGGUGGUGAAAGAGAAGAUGGUCGGAGGAAUUGCACAGAUUAUCGCCGCCCAGGAGGAGAUGCUGCGCAAGGAGCGGGAGCUGGAGGAGGCGCGGAAGAAGCUGGCGAUGAUCCGGCAGCAGCAGUACAAGUUCCUGCCGUCGGAGCUGCGGGACGAGGAGCAGAACUGAGCCUCACGCCCUCUGCUCACUGCACAGACUGCUGCCUGCUCACCUGCCCACUGCCUGCUCCUAUUUAAGAUGACCCUCCACAAGCGAGGGGCUGUCUGGGCUAGACCAGAGCUCUGCCCGCACCCAGAGCAACGGGACUGACUCAGCUGCCCGCUCCAAGCCGGUGCCGCACAAGCAACUCCGCUUUGCUGCCCAGCCCACCUUCCCAUGCACACCCAAGGCACAAUCAGAGCGCUCGGAGGGACUCGGUUGGGGUGGGAGCCGGGACUGCACCGGCUCAGGGCUCACCCGCCAGCCCCGGGGUGCGGGCCCACAGAGCUCUCCACUGCAAGGGGAUAUUUACUUGUGCCUUCUUCCUUCACUCUUGUGCCCCUUUUUUCUCUCUCCUCCAUGCGGGAUGGGGACAGGCGGGUGGCUUGCCCUUUCCUAUGCGAUGGUGUGUAGGGAGCAGCCACCUCUCGCUGAGUUCUCGCAUGGAGCUGCCUUUCACCUCCAAUGCCUUAUUGCUGGCUGAAUCUUCCUCUACAGCUACCCUGUAAGGCCCUGAGUCCACCCCAUGAGUAUUUUCUUCAGCCCAAACCCCUCUGGGAAAGCCACAGUGCCUCCACUCAGGAUGGGGGAUGAUAUGAUGAGUUCACCCCCAGAGCUGUUUUUUGCCUUCCUGCAGGGCUUCCCCCCGACUGCGGCCCCAGCCAGCUCUGCCUUCCUCCUUUCUUCCAAAGUGCCUGCAUUGUUUUCCAAGAUCUGCAGUAUUUUUGUAACUUUUCCAUUUCUCUAGUAUUGAGCCUGCCGCUUUCAAAGUUCAUUUAUUUCCCUGCCAGCUUAUGCUCUUCCCACUAACACCCAGCUUUCGCCAGGGUCCCGUAGCCCAGCAUCCCACCCCUCCUUGGCUCCAGGACCCCUGUCCCUUCCCCUUUGCACUUGCUGAGGCUUCUCUCACCAUUUUGAUACUUUAAGCAUCCCAUAUUAAAGAUUGAAGGAAACCAGCUCCCCUCCAAGCCUCUGGAGUGGGGUGGGGGAUGCCAGUGUCUCCUCAGAAGGACGCAUUCAUGAAUAAAAUCUGGUUUUCUUGCUUUCUUGCCAA